AUGUUGAGAGGACGAUUCAACUACCCCGACCUCGACGUUCUGGACUCUCCCGUAUUGUCACCUUCACCCUUUGGAAGCGGCUCACUCAGCAGCAUACCAGGAAGCGCCAUUGCAGAAAGGAUCUUCAAUGACCCUGAUUCUUGGGAGGAAACAGACGGAGAUGAGGGGGAUUUUCCCGAGGAUGUCGACCAGCUCGCCUGGCUAGCGGAGGAAAUUGAGAAAUUCAGGGCUGGGGUCGAGCCUAACAAGCUACGCUUUGACGACUCCGAUGAUUCACCUUCAACCCCGACGGACAAAGCUGCCCAUCUCAUCACGACACCCACAUCCAGCCAGGGAUCGCUGGCUAGGCGUGAUACCUGGAAAAGCAUCGGUAAGAAAACCGGCAUGCGUCCUAUUUCUCUUGCUGCCCUCUUCGAAAACUCCAACGAAGACUUUUCGACCGAAAUACAACAGCAGCUAUCCAAAAUUCUUGAUUCUGGCGGGAUUCCACACCAUAUUCGUCCAAUUCCCCAUUCCUCCGCUCUCUCUCCGCCCUCUACCAGUAGCACAAAUGGUACCCUCAACACGCCGCUACAUUUGCAGACGUCUUCCAUCGCCCCCAACAAUGCUGGAGAAAUAUCACCAUCACCUGUCAACAUUUACUCGGCCUCAGCUACAUUGAGUUUCCUUGAGUGGUAUGGUAUCUUUCCAGACUCGCCUAGGUUGGACAUCAAUGGUCGACGGAUGCAACCAAAGUCUGCACGGCUGAAAACGCCAUUGUUACAGGUGCCAUCGCCAAGACAUGCAGCCCGUCCAAUAUCGUUGCUCAGUCCCACGUCUGGCACUGAUGAAACGCUCACCCGCAAUACGAAACGUUCCUCCUCCGUUCCUCCGCCAGGUCUUGACCCUCCAUCCUUCACUUCAUUUUCGGAGUCUCGGCCACCGACGCCUCCGGACCUUCCUCGCUCUCCAUCUCCAAUGAGGGAAGAGGAUAAGCCGGCAGGUCGAACGGAGUCAGCACCUGAGCCGGCUGCAUCUCUUCCGAACAGUUCUGAACGCGGCCGCCCCUUACGCAUGACAGCGCCCCCGCCAUACGCCAGGGCACAAUCUCCUGCCCUUCCGGUCUCCAGGUCGCAUUCAACCAGCACGGCUCCCUCAAGGGAAGGGACCCCGUCAAGGCAGGGACGUCGACUGCCCAGCAUCCCUCCUGAGAAUAUGUCACGGCCUUCGACGCCAUCCAAGCCACCGACAGUGGAUUCCCAACCUCAAUCCCGAAGUCAGUCGCAGACACGAUCGCAAUCGCAACCUCAGCCUCAGCCUCAGCCUCAGCCACAUGCUCCCAAACGCGUAGCAUCGAAUCCAAUGCAGCCCACUCCUUCGCGCUUUGCCACUGUUCCUGCUACACAUUCCACAACUUCAGCUCAGCAGGGGCAGCAGCAAGUACCCCGGCCGAAUUCCGUACGUUCGCCCCUGGGCGGCCCCGCAGGUCCCCGCAUUCGCAGCAGGGCGAGCAACGACAUGACAACCAGGGCUCUUGGAAACACCGCCAACCGACCGCCUGGGCUGAGGCUUUGA